AUGAAAAAAAAGAAGCGCGGUCGACUGAAUAAGUCAUUUCCUAUAUCUAUGCAACAACCAUCGGAUUCAUCAUCGACUGUAUGUACAACAAAUGUACAAGUACCAUUGAAAAUUGAACAAAAAUGUGAACCAUUAGACUCUUAUUCCUAUACAGCUGAUGAAUCAGCCAUUGCAGAUUUUAUGGCCGUAUUACCACAAUUAGAUCCAGGUGAUAUGAAUAGUACAACAAUAAAUGAUACAACUUCACCAACUUCGUCAUCGGGACAUGGCGUUCAUUCUCAUUUAACAAAUGGUACAAGUAAAUUCGAUGUGUAUAAUACGGCGACAGCUGCACAUCCCGUCCAUCACGGUCACCGUCAUCACAUGUCUGGUGCUAUGCGAAUAGCUACGGCUCUCGUUAAGAAACCUCAGCUAUCCACACUCAACGAUCAACAAUAUCAUUCGUCGCAUCAUCAUGAUACACCACCACAAAACAGUCCAAAUUCAAAUUCGAAUAACACAACGAACACGAGCAAUAAACGUAAACGUAAAACAGAACAUCCAGCACAAAAACGCGUACGUGGUUCAUACAAACUCGUAUCACCCGAACAAAAAGUAAUGAUUCAUGAAUAUGCAGAAAAACAUGGUGUCAAAGCGGCAAGUAAACUGUUUCAAGUUGCACCGUCCACUAUUGCUUCGUGGCUUUAUCAAAAACCAAAUGGUGAACGUACCUCAGCUAUUCGAAAUAAAGAAGCACAUUCAAGAAUUCUCGAAUGGGUUAAACAACGUCGUGAUUGUGGUGAAAGAGUGAAUAAUAAGGAUUUUCAUUCUUAUGCACUGGCAACAAUGAGAGAAUUAACGGGAAAUCCAGAUUUUGCUGCUAGUCGAAGUUGGUGUAGCAAUUUUAUCAAAAAAUAUCAAAUACAGUUAGACAGUGAUAAACUAUCUGAUUCAUCACAGUUUCGAUUUGAUUCAAGCGGACUCGAUGAAAAUGCUAGUGAAAGUUCAUUAUGUUUUGCUGGUGCCAGUAGUCCAAGUGAUACAAAAUUAGAUGAAACCGCUCUAACAGAUGAAAGUCAAAUUGUGUCACCAGACGAAUCAUCGCAUGUACUUCAAAAUUAUAGUCCAUCAUCAGCCAAUAACAAUAAUGUCAAUGAUACAACAAGUUCACAACUUACUCAAAGUGGUGCAAGUGGAGGAGAUACAUCAAAACCCACAACAAGUUCAAUUAAAACUGAACAAAAACAAUCGCGUCGCCACCGUCAACACCACCAUCACCAACGCCAAAGAAAUUCAACAGAAUCAAGUUGUGACGAAGAUGACGAUUCGUUAUCAUCACCAACAAAAAUAAUGGCUGGAAUACAAACAACACAAUCACAAAAAAAUGGUAGUCUCUCAUUGUCUAAAAAUCGUGUGAAUGAUAAUGAUAUAUAUCAACAAGCAGUAUCCACUAGCAGUAUGUUACCCAUUUUAUCCUCUUCAUCCUCCCUUUCAUCGACUAAUCUAGCUUCAAAACGUACAAUAAAUCGUUUAUUACAUUCUCAAUCCACCAUAAGUACAACAAAUAGUACUCACCAUCAAACUACUAAAUCUACAACAUCAGCUACUCGACAUUUAAGUUCAGAUACACUUAGUUAUGGUGGUCAUUCAUCGACAACUCAUGUCAAUGGACUCUAUUUAAAUAUGGCCAUUUUACCACAAUCGCCAUCACAGCAACGUGAUCAACAACCAACUGUUCCCACAAACACCAUUGAACAUGAAACAAAAAUUGAUAAACAAUUGGUUAUGCACAAUCCAGAAACUACCACACAAUCUGUUGAAACAUUUGUUCAACAUUAUGAAGGUACUCUGAAUACUAUGACAUAUUUUCAAGAAAAAUUACGAACUUUAGUUGCAACUAUUGCACAAGAACGGGAUGCAUUACUUCAGUUAUAUCUAAAAGAACGUGAUCGUCGAAUUGUGAUUGAAUCACGUUUAAAAGAAAUUAUGUAA